GACUCGCCCUGUCAGUGGCCCGUGCACGAAUACUGCUGUACGGGUCGCCAUCGCCACCAGUGGGAAAAAAAUAACAAAGCAAUCCAGCAGCAGGGCGAACGCACAAAAAGAAACGAACAAAACGCUCGGCCCCGAAGGUGUACCAAAUUUUCUCAAGUGAACUUUACAUUUUCGAGCGAUUGUUGAAAUUUUCGUACGAAAUUACUUGCGUAGCGUACAAAUUGGUGUCAACGCGCAUUUUGGUUCGUGCAAAACCUUCCGGCAGGCUGAAAUUCGAAGUAACGCAAAAUUGCGACGUUGUGAGCUACAUUAUUAAGCGUUUUCUCCUUGAGUCUCUAUUUCAGUAAACACCCACACAAACACACAAGCAAAUCGUUUGCCGAUCGGUCCUGCAAGCGACAGAGCAAAUGAAAAUGAAGAUGCCCGACAACAACAUCGGCGGCAGCAGCUCGAACACCUACACACACAUCACCCUGCACGCGGGCAACGGGUUCAAUCGGGGCGCUGGUGGCGGCGGCGGUGGAGGCGACGCAGAAACGGUGGCGGUCCGCAACACCGCGAUCCCGUAUCCGAACGAUCCGUACGACUCGGACGGGGACAGCAUGAGCACACCGCCCAACGAGGAAGCCACUGGCCCUGCGGACGACUUUGCCGAGUACAUGUGGAUGGAGAACGAGGACGAGUUCGACAUGCAGGAGAUGCAACGGCUAGAGGAGGAAGAGCUGAUGGACCAGUGCAUCGAGGCGAUGAUGAUGGAUGAGAUGGCUUCGGCGGAGCGGAUGGCCUCGACGGCGCUGGUAGGCAAUGUGCCGAGAGAAAGCGGUCUGAUGAACAUCCUGUCCAGCCUACAGCUCGACAAAGAGGGACAGCAGGGGCAGCAGACCCGCCAGCCCAAGGAUGUGAACGUGGAGAAGUCGACGCUAAACCCACUGGCCGCCGAGUUUGUGCCAUCGCUGCGUGCGCUCGUCGCUCCAACGUCCUACUGAAGCCACAGUCGGGCGGGAACAAGCAUCGAAAAAGGUAUGCAAAUACUCACAAAGCGAGAAAAAAAGUGGAAAAGGGGCGAUUUAUUUUUUUUACGAUUAUAAUUGCCUUAUUCUUUGUACGACGAACGUGUGUAAUGUGUAAGCGCAUAAUAACACAACCCCAUAGAGAGCUAAUACUGUUUAACUGUCCUUCCGCCGGUGGGGCUGCAUUGGAAUAAAUGUGUUUGUGUGUGUGUGUGCGUAGAAUUUGCGUUUACUUUUCAAUGAAAAGUAACGAUUCUCGAGUCAUGCCACUUCCCAAUUUUGCUGGUUACGAAUUUCGCGCACACUGGGCAACAUCGGUAGCCGAUGCUUGCAUCUGGGGGAUGCCAUUGUACUUACGAAGGGAACCAGAUCCCUUCGUCCCGUCUGUUAGCUGUGUAAUACGAACCCGUGUGUGGGUGUGUACUGGCGUUGGAAGUACACCGCUUAAUAAUAGAACGAAUUUUGAACGCAUUCGCUACCAUCACCGAAACAUACUGGUGAUGGAAACAUGCCGAGUGCUCACACAAACGCUUCCACCGUGGCAACGAACUUGAAGAAUAAUUAUUAAUUACAUGGCUGUACUGGUUCCGCACGCCCCAGAGUGUACAAUACUUACCUCCCCCCUUUGUUUUGGUGGCAUAGGACUUUUAAUCUGUUGUGUUAGUUGGUAAAGAUUUAUGGUGCAAUGCGGAAUCAACCCUCCUACUACACCUACCCGUUAAGAAUAGGGAACAAAACAAUGUGCUUAAAUCGAAACCUUUACGGAACCGUCGUCGCGUAUGUCUUGAGAAGAAAGUCCAACUUUUUUUUUUUUGUAUCGUGAGUUUGGGUAGUGUGCAAGUUCCUUUUUUAUGUUUCAGCCAUUUUUAUUCUUACUUUUUUUUUGUCUUUCAUAAAAUAUUUCCCCCGCAAAAAAACACACAUAUUUACAUUUGCGCUCUCAUCGGUUACGCUAUUAGAGAAACGAAAGCGGUCGAACACAAAAAAAAAGGUCCCGCGAUUGCUUUCGGGAACCGAUAUUUCAUCAUUAGAUCGUUGUUAGUGAUUAGUUGUAAGCAGGCUACUGAUACUACACAGGAACGCCACUAAAACUAUAAUAAUUUACAAACAACAAAAACAAAAAAAGUAUAAAAAGUCAACAAGAAAAGUCUGCUGUAUGUGUUAGUAUUAUGAUUGUUCGUGGCGUGGCGACAACUGGCAAGUGCAAACCCGGGUGUGCACGUUUGUUAGCGAAAGGGCGAUCGAAUUUGCCACAGGAAUAGAACAUUUCUUUCGUUACAAGAAAGGAUGAUGUUUCAACUGUGAUACGAUUAUCGUUGAUUCAUAUCCACUAUCGGGAUUAAGUCAUUCAGGCAUAAGUUUUGUUUUUCCCCCCCCCCCCCCCCUCUUUUACCCGGUCUUUUGCGCGAUGGUGGAUGGCGCUACCGCGGUUGGUGCGGUUAUGAAGGUUCUCUCUGUGUGUUUUGUCUCCUCAUUUCAUACAGAAAAACCACCGGUGGGACAGCACCACCGCGCACAGCACAGAAGAAGAGUUUCCGUUUGCAUUUUACAACAGGAUCGUAUGGUCCGUUGUACUCUCAUAUAGAAAAAGGUGGUACAAAUAUCCGUCAGCUUUUUUUUGUUUUGUUUUGUUUACAAAUGAUCGAAUGAAAUUUAAGUUUUAAUGUGUACAAUUUUAGGUUCCGUACACAAGCAACCGUAAGAAAGCAACAUGACACGACAAUUAGUUCUAGUGCUGCAACAGCAAAACGAAAAAAAAUAAGAUAAAAUAAGCGCAAACAGUUUAUUUAGAGCGAAUCGAGAUUUAAGUGUAACGAAAUCCUAAUUGUGUGAUAGUUUAGAAAGAAAUGGUCAAAACCGUGCAAAAAAAAAUAAAUAAAUAAAAAAGACUGCAUUAAAGUCUUCAAAGAAA